AAGUGUGUGUGCGCAGAUGAGCCGCCGCCCUUCCAAUAAAGCCCAGCGACAAUUACAUUCUUCACUAAGCCCCGCGACAAUUACAUUCUCCACUAAAGCCCCGCGACAAUUACAUUUUCCGAUAAAGCCCCGCGACAAUUACAUUCGAUAGCAUAAAAAUAAAAGCCCUCAGCAUAAAAAUAAAAACCCUCAGCAUAAAAAUAAAAGCCCUCAGCAUAAAAAUAAAAACCCUCAACAUAAAAAUAAAGACCGUUAGCAUAAAAAAAAGAACCCACCCAAAUCCAGCAUAAAAAAAAGAACCGUUAGCAUAACGAAAAAACAAUUCCCCUGUCAUUUGCUUGGUUCACAAGGCUUGUGCUUGCAAACUUUGCGCAUGAAGGCCUUGGAUGCCGCAUUCCCUAGCCGACUUGAUGAAGACACAUCAGGAGACAUGGUUGGUGUUCUAGUUCAUUUAGUGGACAAUUCUUCACAGAAUUUGUUCGUUCCAGUUGCUACCACUCUCAAAGAGCUUUCUUCCCUGAUGGGGAGCAGAGUUGGUGUCAAGCACUGGAAGGACUUUGCAUUCUUUCAGGCCACGAAUCAGAGCGAUUCGUUGAGGAUGCUGCCAGACAUGCUUCCGGUCUCUGAGUUGAUCAGCAUGUGGCAACAGAUCCGAGAAGCAACAAAUCUUGAAGGCCAUUUGCACUGGAGGCGACGGUUUUUGAAACCCCAGGAGAUGCUUCUAGCAGGUGAUCUUCAUCACGCAGCGUUGACGUUCCGGCAGGCAGUGCGCAGCCACUUGCGACGCCCGGCGCCCUGCCAAGCAGGAGCUGAAGCUAAAGAGAUGGCGACUGCUGCAGCAUUGCUUUGGUUGGACAGCUACAAUCCUUCCCAGAAGAUCAAGGAUAGCGAGAAGCUAGUUUGUCAGCUCCUCAAGGGGCAGAUGAGCGGCCUGAAGCCAGCACAGCAAGAUGAAAUGCGACAAAAGCUGCAGAGCAAGGUGGAUGAGAUGCGUUCCGAAUUUGGUCCACUCAUCCCACAACUUCAACGUAUGACUCGUGCAUUUGCGCUCAUGUGCUCCUUUCCUUUGUUUGGUGCCCACAGUUGGCCUGCAAAGGUCAUCGCUCCGGCCAAAGUUAGCGCUGGACAAUUUGUGGUGAACAAUCCACCUGAUCGGUCUUUGGUGGUGCACGCACGUCAAACGGAACCCGAUGUUUGGGUCUUUGUGGACACUGCCGGCUUGCAUUUGGCGCCAGCAGCAUCCAGCCGCAGCAUGGCGCAACAACAGUCGUGUGCGCUGAUGGUUUGUAUCCUGUUUCCUCGCGCAAGCAUUUCCGAAGCCAACGCGACUGACACCUGA